AGAGCAUCAAAACACAUCCAGCAAGAGCAUCAAAACACGUCCACCAUGGGCAGGAUUGUGUUCUACGAGGAUAAGAGCUUCCAGGGCCGGCGCUAUGAGUGCGACAGCGACUGCUCCGACUUCCACGCCUACCUGAGCCGCUGCAACUCCAUCCGGGUGGAGAGCGGCGCCUGGGUGCUGUACGAGAGGCCCAACUUCAUGGGGCACCAGUACGUUCUGACCCGGGGGGAGUACCCCGACUACCAGCGCUGGAUGGGCCUCAACGACCGCCUCAGCUCCUGCAAGAUGGUCCACUUCACCGGGGGGUCUCAGUAUAAGAUCCAGCUGUAUGAGAAGCCAGAUUUCGGGGGCCAGGCCUUCGAGGGUUCAGACGACUGCCCCUCGCUGCUGGAGAAGAUCCGCUGGAGGGAGGUGAACUCGUGCAAGGUCCUGGACGGAUGGUGGGUUUUCUACGAACAUCCAAACUACCGCGGGCGCCAGUACUUCCUGGAGAAGGGGGAGUACCGUAAGCACGGAGACUGGGGGGCCGCGAGUCCCACGGUGCAGAGCUUCAGGCGCUUCACUGAAUGAUUUCACACACAUCCAACAUGUAACAAAAGAAAAACACCUUACUGUCUGAUUUUGAUCUGAGGUCUCCAAAAUAAAAACCUGUCCAAAAAGCAGACUCAUGACAUUUCUUUUUUGAUUUUCCACAAAGGAGUCUUUUAAGCCCACAUACUUAGACAUCCACUCUUCUGAGUCAUUUG